GAAGAGCGGAGCGGAAGGGAUCUGGACGACAGAAGCCGUGUAUGUGACGACACUCUCGUCAGCUGGAAGAUUCACCGAUUAGUUGCGACUUUCAAGCGAUUUCCGUCGCCUGUGGUCAUCGGGCAUCGCUGCAUUCGCCCCCUUCCGCCGCUUCAACGGCGGUUUGUGAUGAUGGACGACUUCCAGGCCCGCAAGCGUCGGAUCAUGGAGGGCAUCUCAUCCCUGUGCAGCACGGAUGAUGACGCGGUAAGCAGACGUCAAAGUGCAGCUUCAAAGGGGCAGCUUCAUGCUUCCUACUCGUUCCUACGUGCGCCUGCCUGUCUGUGUGUGUGUGUGUGUGUGUGUGUGUAUGUGUGUGUCUGUUUGUAGCACGGCGAGAGGAAAGAGGACAGGUCUCUGAAGGGCAGCAUCGACGAAGAUCUGCGGGACACAGUGGACGCCGUCAAUGCCCAUCCCUCGUUCGUCACCACCAGCUGCUGCUCAGGCCGAAUCGUCCUCUAUCUCGAGGGCGAUGCCAAUCGCAAGAAGGGCGGCAAGCUACUCUUCGUCAGCCACUCACCCAUCGGCGUGACGGAGGAUAGCAGUGGCGACGGUACUGAAUCAUUCGGCUCUCUUACGCACGCCCUCAAGCAGAGGGAGGCCUUCUACGAGGCGCCAAAGGACGACUCCGGGCCCCAGACGCCACCAUUGCCAUCAGCAGCCGACGGCCACCGGCUGAUCUACUUCAAGCUGGAGCCGCUGAUUCUCCACAUCGAGUGCCACAGCCUCUCGGCGGCCAAGACGCUGCUCGACGUGGCUCACCACUGCGGCCUGAAGCAGUCGGGCGCCAACUCGUUCGCAAAGCGCAAGGUCAUCGCCGUCCGCGGCGCUCUGCGGCUGGACGUGCCAGUGGCCACGUGUGAGCACAUGCUGGUGACCUCCGAGUAUCUGCGUCAGCUUGUGGGCAUUGCCAAUGAGAAGAUGGAGCAGAACAGGGCUCAGAUUGACCGCUUCCUGGCGACUUUUCGGCGAGUGGUGGGGGAGAAGGAGCUCCCUGAUGAGGAUGGGGAGAGGCGGCCGCGUAAUGGUGGGAAGAGGGCUGAGGGAAUGGACCAGCCGCUGUUGACCUGGACGCACAUCGGCCAACAGGUGAGUGAAUGGACACUGAGAGAGAGAGAGAGAGAGAGAGAGAGUUGGUACAUUGCCAUCUGCAGACACUGCUUGCUAUCCUCCUGCAGGGGCUGGAUGAUGCCUCCCAUUUGCAGCUGUGGGGUGCGGCCGUCGCCUUCGCAGACCCCUUCCUGUGUGUGUUCGGGGGCUUCGGGGGCCCCGGGCAGCUGGCAAGGCAGAGGGCUCUGCUGAUAUAUGACGCCAGGAAGGGUACCUGGAGGAACGCCACGGCAGCUGAAAACCACGCAGGUCGGCCGCAAGAAGAAAGACAGCACGGACAUGAGCCAAGCCCACUCUCUCUGUUUCAGGUCCGUGUGCCCGUGUGCAUGCGACGUUCGUGCCCUGCCCGCCCCACGGCCUUCUUCUGUUCGGCGGACGAACCUCCCCAUCCACGCCGCUCAAUGACUUGUGGCUGCUCGACACCCGCGCGGCCACAUGGACACCGAUGAUCUCUUCCACCCCGCCCCCGGCUCGAUACAGAUAUGCAAUGUGUCAGGUCGGCAGCAGCGGCAAGAAUGAGUACGUCCUGAGUGGGGGAGUUGGGAGCGACGGACGGGUGCUGGGCGACGUGUGGAGGCUGCGGGUGGAUGGCACUGAGGCGGCAUGGGAGGAGAUCGUCACGCCUGCCGAUGACGAGUGUGGCGGCCCGGGCGCUGUCCACUCCCACACGUUGGCCUUUGACGAGUCCACCAACCGCGUCAUGCUCUUUGGGGGUAUCGAUGGGUACCAGUCCAUUCGGCGGUGCCGUCAGCCCUUCCCACUGCACACCCUACCGGCCCUCGACCUUGCCACACACACGUGGGCGCAUACGCCCACACAGGCGAGCGGCGACCAGGCGACAGGCAGCUUCCCGUGUGGCCGCUUCAGCCACUGCUCGACGGUGACGAGAAGCGGCGAUGUGAUUGUGGUGGGUGGGUGCGGCGGACACUCAGCGCUCAAUGACGUGUGGCUCUACAAGGUCAGCCACAGCCAACAACCACGCGCACACAUCCACGCGCAGUGUUACUGUUGUCUGUGCAGGUGUGCGGGUCAUCGUGGCACCAUCUCGGCCACCUCCCCGGCGCCGCCAACAUGUGUGUGCGCGCGUCGUGUGCGUGGGGGUCGAAUAAGCUGUAUGUCGUGGGCGGCGGUGCGGUGUGCUUCACGUUUGGGUCGCAUUUCGACGGACCUCUGUCUUGUUACGUGAAGUUCAAGGGUCUGGGGCAGACGAGGGCAGAGAGAGAAAAGGCCGAGAGGAAGAGGCUAGAGCGAGAGGAGGGCAAGUGAGGGCGUGUUGGUGGGUGAAAGUGCAUGUGUGUGAAUCGCUUCUGAAUCAAUGGACGGAGCAAAAGUCCUGAGAAUGUGGCGGAUGGGGCGAAUGGGUGGCCGCCGGCUCCAUAUGGCUGAGCAGAUUCACUCUCUGUGUGCACAGAUGCGGUGGUUGUCGACCAAAAUUGAGACACGCAGACAUGAAAGGUCAAUCCAUCUGUCAGUC